AUGUCAAAUCCUCCUUCACCUUCGAGGAGACCUCCAGCACACCGACUCGCCUCAACCUCUAGCGAGCAGCAACCGCCAUCGCAUCCGACGACUUCAGCGACUACUUCCAUGUAUGGAGUGGCUAUUGCUGCGCCAACACUUGGCCUUCCCUUCUAUGAACCCAUUCCACGACCACCACCCGGAUACCGGCCAUCUGCGCCGUUCCAAGAGCCUUUGCCGCCUCUACAAGCUGCUCCGGCGCGGUACGGGGUAGCGGCGCCUCCUGUACAAUCAGGACCAACAUUAGCCAGUGCUCCACGCCCAAGUAGCUCCAAAGGUGGGCGAAAGUCGAAGGCGCAUGUUGCUUCCGCAUGCAUCAAUUGCAAGCGGGCUCACCUCAGUUGCGAUGUCAACCGGCCGUGUGGACGCUGCGUGGCGUCCGGGAAGCAGGUAUGUGAGAGACUACGUGGGCACUGGUAAUUCAAGCUCUCAUGGUUAGUGACUAGGACACAUGCAUCGAUGUACAGCACAAAAAGCGUGGUCGACCACGUUUACGGGAGGAGACCGAGUUCAAGGUGGAACAGAUGUUGCCCGAACCAGGCCCCUCUACUGCGAUGGCGGUCGGAGGUGCAGAGGCGCAAGGUCGAGUGAUGGCAGCGCCGAGGCAUGGGAGAACCGAGUCAUACCGUUCCUUGCGCUCGCAAUGUAGCGAUGGCUCAGGCGUGCCUCCAAGCCCAACAUUUCCAUUCCCCCCUCCUCCCACCGCCACGCAAACCACAUUCGGCGUCCAGCAACCUCCCUCGGCACCUUCUCCUGGCGCGCCGGGCUAUGAGGUCCCGACAGCCUACCUUGACCUCGACCUCGUCUUUCUCAAAGCCAACCAGCCUUACCGACAGAUCAUGAUAGGAGGUCAAGAUGUUGUUGGUCGCCAGCUCAGCGAUAUCGCUGCUGCUAUGGAUGGGGAAAGCUUCGCCAACAUCAGAAGUCGGUUACGGACAGAGCGAGAGGCGCGAGAUCCAUCCUAUAUGCCGCCAAUCAACCCGCCAGGGCAGGAUCCACUGCAGGGAGCAUCAGAAGCAGAUGUCGAAAGGUACACCCAAGGGUUCGACGAUCGCACCUACACGUGGACUCAAACGCAGGUCGGGCAAUCUGCGCAAUCAUUUCCGGCUCGCGUCAGACUGGCAAAGGCGAAUUCAUACUUUGUGGCGGUGACAUUACCGACCUUCCGCCCCAUAGAGCAGAUCCCGCCACAUGCGCCUCCUCCACAGUACGCUCGCAGGCCACACUCGUCUUCGAUGCAUACACCAAGACCGGAGUCAUAUCGCUCCCCAGCAAGACACGUUGCCACCCACUCGGCCCCUUCUAGCAUCACUGGCUAUGGCCCGUUUCCCGGAGGCCAAAUACUCUCCGUAGGACCAAGGCCAAGUAGCCAGCAGUCGACGACCCGAGCAUAUCUGCCGCCACAGCCCAUGCUAUCUGCUCCGCAACAACAGCCUUAUCCAUCACAUCAGUCCGGACCUUCGGGAACCCCACGACUACCCGUUGCCGAGCCACCCACAGAAACGACAGCAUUCACGCCUCGAAGUGCCCCACGCGAGCUGCCACAGUCCUCAUCUGCAGGACCGCAGCUACCGCCAAUCGUAGAAAGUCCAGCACCAAGACCGUCGAGAGAGCAGCAGCAGCCAAUUGCAGGUCCAUCCACCUCGCGUGCUGCUACGACGGAGCCACCAGGCGAAACAUCCGCAAGCGAAGACGCACCCCGGAAACGACGCCGGCUGGGGUUAGACGAUGUCUUACAUCGAUGA